AGGAAUGCACACCAACAUUGGCGAGAUUUGGACCAAAGGGGGCGCUGCAGUUCCUUCUGUUGCCGUGGCGGCUCUGGCAAGUUUACUGCUUGGCCCCGCAUUGCUGCUUGCAGCUAUAUUUUUGAAUGUAUGGUUACUGGAUUCAACGUGACUGCGAGACACCUGUGUCAGGUGUCAGAAAAGUCGCACAGCUGCCGGCUCGAGCUUCACAAGUUGCCAUGCGAUAAAACGUCGAUUGCAGAAAGGGAGGCUAUUCUUAAAACUAUACGCGCACAGUCUCAGGUCCUGGGUUGGCUCCUGAUCGCCUCCAUCAUGUUUUCCUCUCUGCUGUUCACCUGUCUGGCCAGGUGCAGGUCUCCCGUCAGCUACAUGCAGCUCAAGUUCUGGAGGGAUUACGCCAAGGAGGAAAACUGCUUGUUCGACCAAUACUCAUCGUUGUACGCCAAGAAGCUCGCAGAGAGGAACAUGAAGAGCUUCUUCGAGAUGACCACGCCAGAGCCUCAGUCCAUCCCACCGAGGCAGGCCUGGGAAAAGAUCUCCAAGUUCUACAGGUUUGAGACCAUGGAUAAGUACUAUAGCACAGUGCACAAGUACGUGGAGACCUGCGAGAACCCCAAGGAGCCAGUAAGGACAUACUCAACCAGGUCAGGUGACGCAGACCUCUCCAAUCCUGCAGCCUUAGCCUUUGUGGAUGAAGGCAUGCUGUGAAACUUUUUAGACUUUUUAACAUUCUAUAAAAAGAAUGCGCUCUUCAGCAAAGUAUGGAUUUCAAAAUUCGAUCAAACUUUCAUUGUCUGAAUAUUUGUGAUGGUAGUACCAAUAUAGUAUGUAAGCCUUUAGGUCAUGGUACACCUUAAAGGUUAGCGACAUAGAUAGUGUACUGUAAAGAACAAAACAAUGCAACUCAGGACCAGUGACUUAUCACUGAUAUCAUUUUUUACAGUGAGAUAUGUCAAACAUAUCAAUUGUAUCAUGUGCGGAAGGUAGUGACUGUACAUGUGAAUGCAUGUGGCUGUAAACUGUAUAUCAGGGCCUAUGUUUUUUAAUUAUUUUAUUUUUAAUAUUUUUUAAAGAAGUAGACAGCUGUCUCUCCCCCAUUACUCUUGCAUUUUCAUUGCUCACAACCUUUGGGUCAUUAAGGAGUGCAAUAAAAAUGUAAUGGAUGGUGUGGAGGAUAUUGUCUACUAAUUUGAACCAAAGGGCUCCCACAGCGUACUGUAUAUAAAGGGCAUUAAAUAAUGAGGUGUCUUAAAGUAAGGUACCCCACAGCUGAUAUGGAUGCCCAUUGCACAAGUUUGUGUGUCUGUGUGUGUGUGUGUGUGUGUGCGUGUAUGUGUGUGUGUGCGUGUGCGCGUGUGUGUGCGCGCGUCAUGUGCAUGUGCUCUCGUACACAUACUUUUUAGUAGACAUACUGUAUGAUGAUUGUUGCUCACAGAUUACAAUAAAUUAUUCUUUUCAA